AUGGUCUCCAUCCGCGCGUGCAUUCCCGCGCUGGUCUGGGGUUCGACUUCGCUUCACACCACGAGGAGCUAUACUCGUUGGGGUCGCAAUGCCACCAUAUGUUGUUGGGCCUCCAUGAGCGGCGACAGACAAGGUCCACCGUUAAAAGCGCGGCGGCGAAUAGGGAAAACUGAUGGCAGCGGGAUUGAUUGUCCCCGACCCAUCAACGAGCUCCCCUCCGAUGCCAUUCAUCGGAGCGGGAACAGAAGAUUGAGGAGUGCUGUACAUGGCGGGCCAAGGAAGGACGGGAAAGGGCACCGUCGCAAGGUUGCGGGCGCGUUAGAGAAACGCGAAGAAGAUCAGGAUGCCAAAACGGGAGGGGGGAAGGAAGAAGAUGGCGACCUGGUUGGCUAUUGCGAUGAUGGAGGGCGAAACUGCGACGAUGCAAGUGAUCCUCGGACAGAUGAAGGAAGCGGAUCAGCGGAAAGGUUUGAGCAAAUCGGUGCUUUGCAGACUGGGGUGGUGAUGGUUUGGGGGGAAGCGAAGUUCAGAUCACGAAGGCGGUGA